AUGACCCGGGCGGGGAUUCGUUGGACUGCCCAGGCCUGCCGCAUGAUCAGGAUGGCCGACAAGUUCGACGUGCCCUUCCUGUUCACGCUCUGCGAGGAGUACAUGUGUGGCCAGGGCUGCCUCCUGCACUGUGCUGGCUUCCCGGUGGGCGUGAAACUGUGGAGGAGGAUCCAGAAUGGCACAGUGGAGGUUAAGCGGGGGGACUGCUCGGAUGCAGUUGUGUGGCUCGAGACAGCCAGCCGAUUCUCUAUGCACGAUCUCAGGCGUAAAUGCAUCGUUGUUAUCCUCAAGUUCCUGACGGGGGUGUCCAGCCCGCAGGAGCAGGAGGCAGUGAAGGAGGAGAUGGUGAAGCAGGGCGUGCAGACUUCGGACGUUUUUGACAUCCUGCAGGCGGCCCUCAAGAUAACGAUCAGCGGGGUGACGGUGAGCCCCUCGGGGGCCUGCCAGUGUGGGGGCACCAUUUUGGCAGGAGAGAACGUGUGCUACCAGUGUGCGAACAACGUUGUGCGCAACAUGCAGGUGUGGGCGGACAUGAAGUAG